UUUAAAUAUGUACGUACUGAGGUGGGUUUGUUUCAUGGCCAAGAUUUCAGCAUUUUUUCAGUAUCUUGAGAUAAGCAAGCCAAAUCUUUAGCUCUUCUGAACCAACUUUCAUAUAACAACCUUGCAGCAGUCAUUUGAUUCAAAAGGAAUCAUAAUGGAAGAGGAGCAAAAACUGGUUAAAGGGACCACAAAUUUGGAGGGAAGUGAAAGUGAGGCCAAACUUGAGCUCACAGUGGAUGAAGUGGUGGAGGAGUAUGUGGGGUCCUUAGGGUUCUCUCAGAUGGUGCAUGUGUUCUUGGUGUCAUUGGCAUGGAUAUUUGAUGCUCAGAGUACUUUGGCCACAAUCUUCAGUGAUGCUCAACCACCUGCUUGGAGGUGCAAAACUGGAUUGUGUCAUGGUAACAACAAUAGCACUGGGUCUGUCUGUGGGUUGGUGCCUGGUACUUGGGAAUGGGUUGGUGGCAACACAAGUUCCAUCAUAGCUGAGUGGAAUCUUGUAUGUGAUAGAAGGUUUCUGGCUGCUGUUCCUGCUUCUGUCUACUUCCUUGGCUCGCUCAUAGGUUCUGGUGUCUAUGGCCACCUCUCUGAUUCAUGGCUAGGCAGAAAAAAAACAGUGCAACUUUCCUGCAUCUUAACCUCCAUAACAGCCUUUGCCACAUCUCUCUCUCCAAACAUUUGGACCUAUGUCUUCUUCCGUUUUGCCAAUGGCUUUACAAGGUCAGGAAUUGGCAUAUGCUGCCUUGUCCUAACCACAGAAUCAGUAGGUCGCAAGUGGCGUGGCCAAGUUGGCCAAUACGGCUUCUUUUUCUUCACAAUAGGGUUCCUCACACUCCCCCUUGUGGCCUAUCCAACAAGAACAUGUUGGAGAAACUUGUACAAACUCUUGUCACUUCUUCCCCUAGCAUAUUCUCUCCUAUUACUCCCUUUGGUCUCAGAGUCCCCACGUUGGCUUCUAAUAAGAGGCAGAGACAAAGAAGCCCUUCAAGUUUUGGACAGAUUUGCUAGGCUCAAUGGCAAGAAAAAACUCCCCAAUAACCUCACUUUGGUUAACCCUUGUGGAUCAUCAUGUGAUGAAACAAGUCCUAAGAACAACAAAGAGAACCUUUGGACCACAAAAUGGGCAGCUAUUAGGAUGGUCACUGUUAUGUUAGCUGGCUUUGGAGUUGGUUUUGUUUACUAUGGAGUUCAACUCAAUGUUGAAAACUUGAACUUCAACCUCUAUGUCUCAGUGGCAAUCAAUGCACUUAUGGAGAUUCCUGCUGUGGUGAUUGGUACCUUUCUAUUGGGAUUUACUAAUAGACGUUUGUUGUUAUCUGUGUCCUCUUAUAUAGCUGCAGUGUCCUCUAUAUUAUGCACAUUUUUUUCACACAAAGGAGGCACAUCAAAAGUGCAUAACAACAAUAGUUAUGGUGGUAACUGGGGUCAAUUGAUUAUUGAGGCAAUUGGAUUCAUGGGUGCUUCCACAGCAUUUGACAUUUUGUACAUCUAUUGUGUGGAGCUUUUUCCUACUAAUGUUAGGAACUUUGCUGUGUCAAUGCUGCGCCAGGCCAUUAUGUUGGGGGCUUCUGUGGCACCUUUACUUGUUGUCUUGGGCCGUUUGAGCCCAUCUCUCUCUUUCCUAGUGUUUGGUGUCUUUGCAAUUUCAAGUGGUGUUUUGAGCAUUUGGCUACCUGAGACUAGAAAUGCUCCUCUCUAUGAGACCCUGAAGCAGCAAGAGGAGGAGGAGAAACACAGUUGGAUGUCUCAAAAUGAUUGUGCCCUAGAGAUGGGAAAAUAACUCAAAAUGGUCUUCAUUUUAAUUUAUAUGCACUACUAAUCUAAAAUGUUUUUGUGUAGACAUUUGAUAAGAUUUAACCAUUUUGCCAUGUCAUAUGAUGGGAUGAUAAGCUAAAUUCUUAUUGGGUGUGUGUACAAAUAUUUUAGAUUGAGAAUGUGUGUAAAUUAAACUCUAAUAGAAGUAGGGUAAUGUGACCCAAAGGGAAUGGAAUUAGGGGAAAUCAAAAUUAUCAUGUUGGAAUGACCACAUGUUGCUUCCUAAUGUAAUAGAUUGAUGAUUAUCAUAACGAUAACAUCUGAUUAGUAAUGUAUCCUUACUUCUUGUGCUGUCAAAGAGGCAGAAUAUAAGACUGUCCAUGUGCCAUAUCAAGUGCAGAGUCAUGACUCAUGAGAUAUGUUUGAGUAUUGUCAUCCUUAUAUUUAUAUUUUUAUAUCGUUUAGUUAACUAUAUCAAUAAAAAUUACACAUCCAUACUCC